GGCGCCAAUUUGGCAUGGCCAGGGCCUGGGCACUCACGCACCAGGGAGCCUCGCGGGUCCGCUCUCGCUCUGUGAGGCCACGGUCUUCCCGCCAGGUUGACUCGAGCCUCCUGCCAGAGCCACUGGCCCCGGAGGCCACCCUAGACCGCAGCUGGCGGCCGCUGGCACGAGUGCAGGGUAACUGAGCCAGGGCCGCUGGCGCAUUUGGCCUGGCCGAGGCCACCCCGCGCGGCCGCUCCACUGUGCCCGAGGCUGUCCUGGAGGUGAGGCCGGCCCACAGGGACCCUGCCCGUGCCCGGGCGCCGGUGAGUCAGGGCGCGUUAUGCAAGCGCCCCCGGCGCCUCCCCUUCGGUCUUUCACCCCGCGCGGUUACGAAAGCGCGACCCCCUCCCCCCGGCGCUAUAAAGCAGCGGAGCGGCCGCGGCGCGCUGGCCUCCCUCGCUCCACGCGCGCCCGGACGCGGCGGCCAGGCUUGCGCGCGGUUCCCCUCCCGGUGGGCGGAUUCCUGGGCAAGAUGAAGUGGGUGUGGGCGCUCUUGCUGCUGGCGGCGCUGGGCAGCGGCCGCGCGGAGCGCGACUGCCGAGUGAGCAGCUUCCGAGUCAAGGAGAACUUCGACAAGGCUCGCUUCUCUGGGACCUGGUACGCCAUGGCCAAGAAGGACCCCGAGGGCCUCUUUCUGCAGGACAACAUCGUCGCGGAGUUCUCCGUGGACGAGACCGGCCAGAUGAGCGCCACAGCCAAGGGCCGAGUCCGUCUUUUGAAUAACUGGGACGUGUGCGCAGACAUGGUGGGCACCUUCACAGACACCGAGGACCCUGCCAAGUUCAAGAUGAAGUACUGGGGCGUAGCCUCCUUUCUCCAGAAAGGAAAUGAUGACCACUGGAUCGUCGACACGGACUACGACACGUAUGCCGUGCAGUACUCCUGCCGCCUCCUGAACCUCGAUGGCACCUGUGCUGACAGCUACUCCUUCGUGUUUUCCCGGGACCCCAACGGCCUGCCCCCAGAAGCGCAGAAGAUUGUAAGGCAGCGGCAGGAGGAGCUGUGCCUGGCCAGGCAGUACAGGCUGAUCGUCCACAAUGGUUACUGCGAUGGCAGAUCAGAAAGAAACCUUUUGUAGCAAUAUCAAGAAUCUAGUUUCAUCUGAGAACUUCUGAUUAGCUCUCAGUCUUCAGCUCUAUUUAUCUUAGGAGUUUAAUUUGCCCUUCUCUCCCCAUCUUCCCUCAGUUCCCAUAAAACCUUCAUUACACAUAAAGAUACACGUGGGGGUCAGUGAAUCUGCUUGCCUUUCCUGAAAGUUUCUGGGGCUUAAGAUUCCAGACUCUGAUUCAUUAAACUAUAGUCACCCGUGUCCUGUGA